AUGACGUUUUCAUUUGACCUUCCGUUCAGUCAGUCAAUCGUUGGCUCAAUACUGUGUCUUCUCCUUGUGGCUGCCUAUGUUACUAUCCUCCCACCUCACAGCAGAGGCAUCUUGCGCGGAAGACGAUACGUCAUGCCCCCUGGGCCCAAGGGCCGCCCGGUGGUCGGCAGCUUACCAGAUUGGCUUCAAGCACGGCGUGAGGGAAACAUGGUGCCAUGGCUCGUCAAACAGGCGCAGCACGGCGAGAUGACAACACUCAGCAUGGGCACGAAGACAUGGGUCCUCUUAAACAGCAGCCGUGUAGUCAAUGAGAUCAUCGCCAAACGGGCCGGCAUCACGCACGAGAGGCCGUACUUCCCUAUUGCAUCAGGGCUCGUCAGCCAAGAUAAGAGGGUCUUCCUACUGAAGACGGACGAUUGGAGGGAAGGACGGCGCCUUCUUCACCGGCUGAUGAUGGGCGCCGGCGCGAAGAACCAUGGCGAUCUCGCAGAAGUCGCCAGUCUGGGCUUGCUCAAGGCCUACCUCGACGAACCCAAGGAAUGGUACUCACACAACUAUCGGUAUCCCAUAGCCAUCAUGAGCAAGAUUGUCACCAACACGCCGGUGCAGAAGUCAACAGCCGAGCUCAGGGAUCUGCAAAACGUCACCUCGAGCUUCUUGACCUCCAUCAACAGCAGCUUCGUCGAGUUCUUCCCUCAGCUGACCAUGCUCCCCAAGCCUCUCCAGUUCUGGCGGCGUCACUGGGAGGACAUGGGCAAGUUCCACUACAGAGUCUUCAACCAUUGGUGGGCGGGCAUGAAGGGAUCGGAAGAUGGCAGCGCAGAACCGUCGUAUGUGCGCGACGUAGUCCUCAAAAGCUUCUCUGGCACCGAAGAGGAAGCCAUGUACCUAAGCAUCCUCGCCAUCGUAGCCGGGGCCGACAACCCGCGGAUGACGAUGAAUGCCUGGAUGAUGGCCAGCAUUGCCUAUCCCGGCGUCAUGCAGAAGGCUCGCGAGGAGGUCGAGCGCGUCUGCGGCACCGGUGCUGGCCGUCUGCCGACCCUGGACGAUCUCCCGAGCAUGCCGUACAUGUGCGCAGUGGUCAAGGAGGUGCUGAGGUGGCGGCCCACCGUGCCUCUCGUCCCCCAGCGUGUCCUCGUCGAGGAUCUCGAGUUCGAAGGCUACACGUUCCCUGCAGGCACCGAGUUUCUCGUUAACUCGAUACCCGUGUGUAGCAACGGCUAUGACAAGCCUAGUGAGUUCUGUCCGGAACGCUGGCUGGGGAGCAAGGAACAUGGGGGCGGUGUCGAUCAGGAUUUGUGGCAGUUCGCCUUCAGCGGAGGCAGACGCUCGUGUGUGGGCUAUAAGCUGGCCCAGAAAGAGCUGUUCGUGGCGUUCUCGCGGUUGCUCUACUGUUUUGAUUUCUCGGCGGGUGGUCCGUUUGACGACCGGAAGCUGAAUGCUUUUGAGCCCGGUGAGCCAUUUCCCGUCAAGGUGGUCGUGAGGAGUCCAGCCCACGAGCGGUUGGUCCGCGAGGAAUCUGCAAAGUGUGACCUCUGGGGGUUCUAG